AUGCUAGGUAUACGGAAAACCUACAUCCAAAAGCUUGAAUACAAUAUCCUCCUCCCCUACGAAGUCUUAGACUGGAUCGCACGCAAACACCGGGAGAGUCCUGAAAAUUAUAGUACAGAUAACCCUAUCCGAAAGGACAACGAUCUAGCUUUUCAGACAGCUAUGGUGAGCCUUUUCCAAGAGCUUCAAUCAUGGGAUCAAAAUUCCCGUCUGAGAUUAAAUCUGGCUAUUCGAGGUCGUCGGCAAGGUCUUGCACCGGAACCACAUACUCAGCACUCAGAAAUCACCGCUGACUAUCGUUGGGAUUAUCGAGAUGGGCAGCGCGGUUUCCAAGGAUAUGUCGGAUCUACCAUCUCUUCCGUGCAUUGA